AUGCGUGAAAAGUUACCAUCGCGAAAUUACUGCAUUUUUACCAACAAUAUUUCUGCAAACAGUGAAAAUUCAGAGCAGUUCGCAUUUGGAUUCCAAUCACCCACUCAAAUGGAGCUCAUGGGCAUUUCCCAGUCGUUUUGUCUUGAUGUAACACGUAACAUUUCUACAAGAAGCAUUGAGAUUCUAUACUCGCUUGUUACAUAUCAUCCUGAGACAUGGAAAGGGUCCCCAGUUGCAUAUAUGGUCACCAAUAAUCAUAGUGCUGCCCCUAUCAGUCAAUGGCUUGUACAUCUUCAAGUACAAAGCAAUUUUACUCCCAUGUGUAUCACCGUCGAUUGUAGCAUUGCAGAAACUAAUGCAAUCACAGCAACAUUACCACAAGCCACAGUUAAUUUUUGUGAAUUUCAUGUUCUGCGUGCUUGGCAAUAUAAUCUGGACAGCAAGAUAACACUGGGUGCUUCAUAUACAUCAGAACAACUUAACGGUUACAAAAUUUCUGAGAAAAUUCAAGAGUUUAAACUUCGAAUCCAAAAUCAGCAACAGUUUCUGAGCUAUUUUGAGCGUAAAUGGAUUGGAACCGAAGAAUUGUUGAGAAGCUGGGGAAGACCCUACGUUGUACAUCACCACCAAGGAUACUUGACGAGUAGCUUCAUUGAAUCAUGGCACAGCCAAUUAAAGGCAAUAUACUUUGACAGUGCCCGGAUCAGAAGAUUAGAUCGUCUUGUAUAUACUUUGACAAAUGAUACGGAGCUCUACUAUAGGGAUGCUGUUGACGAAGUUGUUGAUGUUGUUGCUGAGGAAACGAGUACAGUAGUUGAAAGUAGCAGAAGCUCUUCGAUGAUAUUGCAAAGAGUUCUGACUCAUAUUACAUCACUGUAUAAUCAAAGAGAGGACAUGGAAAGAAUGAUGAAUAUCCCAGGACUUGAUAUUGCAAGACUAGAGUUAAUUGAUAACUUGUUAGGUGAGGCACAGAAUCAAAUCGACAUUAUCAGAAACAAUCAUCCUUCCUACUUUAAAACCAGAAAUACAUAA